AUGAGAAUGUUAGUGCCACCAGAGAUGCACGCGACUCAGUCGAAAAUGAUUUAUCAGAUGAACAAAUAUUGCACUGAUCGCGUGCAGACGCGCAAAUCAACGAUACACAAAACCAUUAUGGAAGUUUGUCGCGUUGUUCAAGAUGUGUUGAAAGAAGUUGAGGUCCAAGAACCGCGCUUCAUUUCUUCCUUAAACGACUAUAAUGGUCGAUAUGAUGGAUUAGAAGUGAUUUCACCGACGGAAUUUGAAAUAAUAAUUUACUUGAAUCAAAUGGGAGUUUUAAAUUUCGUUGAUGAUGGAACACUCCCUGGAUGUGCAGUUUUGAAGCUCAGUGACGGACGUAAACGUUCAAUGUCACUUUGGGUUGAAUUCAUAACUGCUUCAGGAUAUUUAUCAGCAAGGAAAAUCAGAUCACGCUUCCAAACCCUCGUUGCACAGGCUUGUGACAAAUGUGCUUAUAGGGAUUGUGUAAAAAUGAUUGCAGACACAACCGAAGUUAAGCUAAGAAUACGUGAAAGACUUGUCGUACAAAUAACACCAGCAUUCAAAUGUGCUGGUCUUUGGCCACGAUCAGCAGCACAUUGGCCACUUCCACAAAUACCAUGGCCCCAUCCUAACAUUGUGGCUGAAGUCAAGACUGAAGGGUUCGAUAUGCUGUCAAAAGAGUGCAUUGCGUUGCAAGGCAAAAAUAGUGCAAUGGAAGGUGAUGCGUGGGUGUUGUCGUUUGUCGAAGCCGAAAAUAAAUUGCUACAAGGUAGCUUCCGUAAACGUUGUUUAAGUAUUCUUAAGACUCUCCGGGACCGUCAUCUCGAUCUCCCAGGAAAUCCAGUCACUUCAUACGUCAUGAAAACUCUCCUUCUCUAUGAGUGUGAGAAACAUCCACGAGAAAUCGAAUGGGAUGAGAGUUGUCUUGGCGAUAGAAUCAACGGAAUCUUCCUUCAACUUAUCUCAUGUCUUCAAUGUCGACGUUGUCCGCACUAUUUCCUGCCCAACAUGGAUUUAUUCAAGGGCAAAUCUCCAGGUGCAUUGGAGAACGCCUCAAAGCAAGUUUGGCGUUUAACGAGGAUUAUGUUAACGAACUCUCGAUGCCUCGAGGAAUUAUAA